UCACAAAUGGUUUUUCCCUCGCACGAUAUUCGAAGAAAAUAGAAACAGAUCUUAACUUCUCAAUCCAACUUUUCUCAAUUAUUGAUUCCAUAAAUAUCUUCUAAACGGAAGUUUCUCGGAUUUUAAGUUGUGAUUAAAGAGAUUUUUCUAGGCUUUGCUAUGAUGAUUGCUUCGUUAGUUAUGGAAUUAGGGAUUGUUUGGUUGGUUAGAGCCGCUUGGAUCGCCGCCGUACUUCCUAUGGUGAUUGCUUCGAUACCCAGUUCAAAGCUGACAUCUUUUCAUCAACUCGUUCUGGGUUUCGCAGGAAGAGGCAAGAUCCUUCAUCCCUCGUCUCAGAAGUGGACAGUUCCUCAGAAAUACUUUGCUCAUUUCUAUGUUUUCGGAGCGGCGUGGACCACUCUGCUGCUAGCAACCACUGGGAUGUAUGCUUGCAAAACAGCACCUUUAUCCUCAGAAGAGUUCCACCUUUCCGACAUUGCAAGCCACUUAACCGGCGGUUCCCAUGUUUUCUCCUUUCAUAAAUCUCAUUUGACCCCUGUGGAGCACCGUUUCAAAGUGUGGCGAGCAGUGUUCUUACUUGUUCUGAUGGAAAUCCAAGUUCUGAGACGCCUUAUUGAGUCAUUCUAUGUCUUCAAGUAUAGCCCUUCUGCUCGGCUUCACAUUCUUGGUUACCUCGUCGGAUUGUUUUUCUAUACAGUAGCGCCUUUAUCACUCUGCGUCAAUGUAGCACCAGAGGUAGCUAGAUUUGCCGGAUAUCAAGUUGCUGAGUUCAUUGCCAAAGGAAAAAGCCACACCUCAGCGGCCCCUGAGUUUGACAUAUUAUCAUCUUUAAGCCCUCUGAUGAAGCUUGGAUGGUGCCAGUUGAUUGGUGGCAUCAUUUUUCUCUGGGGAUGGUUACAUCAACGCCGCUGUCAUGCAAUUCUUGGAUCGCUCCGGGAUAAUCCUAGCCAAGCGAAAGAGUACAUAAUCCCACAUGGAGAUUGGUUUGAAAUCGUCUCUAGUCCACAUUAUUUGGCAGAAAUUGUUUUAUAUACUGGUUUGCUGAUUGCUAGUGGAGGAGCAGAUAUAACAAUCUGGUUACUCCUUGGUUUCGUGGUUGGGAAUCUGACACUAGCGGCUGGAGAAACACACCGGUGGUAUCUCCGGAAGUUUGAGAACUAUCCGGCUAACCGAAAUGCCAUUUUCCCUUUUAUUUACUAAAUUAUUCAAGAGGUAGAACACAACUUAACCAAGCUUGUAUACUGUAUCUGAAUAAUCAUGUUUAUGUUAUAUAUUGUCGCUAUGUUCUCAUUUUGUGUUUA